AUGGUGAUGGAAACGGUGUCGCGGACGGUUACGGUAAUGGUAACGGUGACGAUAACGGUAAUGAUGACGGUAACCGUAACAAUAACGAUAAUGGCAAUGGUAACUAUAACGGUUACAGUAAUGGUAAUGGUAGCGGUGAUGGUAAUGAUAACAGUGACGUUGAUUGUAACAGCGACGGUAACAUUGACUGUAUCAGUAUCAGUAACGAUGAUGGUGAUGGUGACAAUAAUUAAUGGUAACGGUAUCGAUAGCAGUAACGGUAACGGUAACGGUAAUGACAAUAGUAACGAUGAUAGUGACGGUAACGGUGAUGGUGAUGGUGACGGUAAUUGUAACGGUACCGAUGAUGGUGACGGUGACUGUAAUGCGUACUGUAACACUGACGGUAACGGUGACAAUAACAAUGACGAUAAUGAUGAUGGUUACGGAUACGAUAACGAUGACGAUAACAAUGACAAUAACAGUUACGAUAACGAUAAUGGUAACGGUGAUGGUAACGAUAUCGAUAAUAGUGACGGUAAAGGUGACAGACUAAAGUGCAAAAUUGGGAAGUUGGAGUUAGUGGAAGCCAAAUGGCAUGCCAGCUCCUACUUGGGUGGGCUGGUAGCAGGCCACAUGGCUGCCACCUCCUACUUGGCUGCAUGGAGAGCCCUAUAUAAGGGCCUACAUCAAAGUAACAGUAACGGUGACAAUGACCGUAAUGAUAACGGUAAGGUUAACGAUGAUGGUGAUGGAAACGGUGUCGCGGACGGUUAUGGUAAUGGUAACAGUGACGAUAACGGUAACGAUGACGAUAACCGUAACAAUAACGAUAAUGGCAAUGGUAACUAUAACGGUUACAGUAACAGUAAUGGUAAUGGUAGCGGUGAUGGUAAUGAUAACGGUAACGUUGAUUGUAACAGUGACGGUAACAUUGACUGUAUCAGUAUCAGUAACGGUGAUGGUGACGGUGACAAUAACGUUGAUAGUAUCGGUAACGGUGACAGUGAUGGUAACGGUAAUGGUGACAGUAAUAGUAACAGUAUCGGUAACAGUAACGAUAACGGUAUCGAUAGCAGUAACGAUAACGGUAACGGUAAUGACAACGAUAACGGUAAUGACAAUAGUAACGGUGACGAUAAUGAUGACAGUGUUGGUAACGUUGAUGGUGACCGUAAUUGUAACGGUAACGAUGAUGGUGACAGUGACUGUAAUGCGUACGGUAACACUGACUGUAACGGUGACAAUAACGAUGACGAUAAUAAUGAUGGUAACGGAUACGAUAACGAUGACGGUAACAAUGACAAUAAUAGUUACGAUAACGAUGAUGGUAACAGUGACGGUAACGAUAACGGUAUCGAUAAUAGUGACGGUAAAGGUGACAGUAACUAUAAUACCUAG